UUAUUUCACCACGACAUCGGAAAAAGUACUUCCGGGUUGUAUAGCUUCCGUGUUUGCUAUCGAGUGGCUAAUGCGAGCGAGCUGCCUUUUGGCAACGUCGUUAAUGCACCCAAGAUGAAGUCGAACUCUUUUCCAUGCCGAGUUUGAUACGGCCAGCAGAGUCCACGAUGUCAUUACCAGAGGAGUCGGCGGCUCGCAGAAAAGACCGUGAGAGGGGAGCGCGGCCGAAGGUGCGGCUGAGUCGUUCAGAGGAAAGACGAGGCACUGGCGGUGGGCAGAAAGGUGGCAAGAGGAAAGGCUUUCCCACACACGAGCUGGCUGCCGAACGGCCUGUCAGCGACAGUUUUGAGUAUGGGGAUUUUUUAAAAGACCUGGAGAGGAGGGAUCAGGCCGGUGCCAGCUCCUCAACCUCCCAGAGAGUAGUCUGCCGACGUCACGGUAAGGAAACCUCAUUAGUGUCAGAAGAGCAGAUGAGCAGUCCAGCAGCGGCAGCAGUUCACUCUUGCGCAGAGUCGACACCCACUGAAGGCGGCGGCAGCAGCAGUCGGACGCUCCGGCAAAAAAUUCAAGAUGCAAUGGGUCAGUGUUUCCCCAUGAAGACGCACAGCGCAGCAAGCACGCCGCCGCUCCCACAUGCCUUAUCCCUGUCAGCAGGGUGCAGCUCCUCCAGGCGCAAGAUCCACUUAAGCGAGCUGAUGCUGGACAACUGCCCCUUCCCGGCCGGGUCGGAGCUGGCUCAGAAGUGGCACCUCAUAAAGCAGCACACGGCACUCGACCCCGCCGUGGCGCUCAACACAUUCCCGGCGGACGACGUCGACGACCGGCUGAGGGAGCGCCGGCGCAUCAGCAUCGAACACGGUGUUGAGCCGCCAGCUAACGCAGAGAUCCACACCCUGGAGGUGACAUCGCAAGCGAGCGCGGCCCUCCAUAGGCGCCGCGGACCCAAGCCGGCGCACGGCCCGAGCGAAGCGGGCGGCGCUGAGCAGAAGCAGUUUAUCCUCCAAUGGCAGCACCAGCUUCUUCUGCAGAGUUGUCUGGACACACUUGAUGAGGUGGUGGCUUCGUCUUCCGCAUCAUUAUCAUCAUCUUCCUUUGAUGUUAGCGGCGCCCCUACGGUUGACCCAGAAGCGCUCCCACGAGCCACGUAUCCCCACUCCAGCCCGCAUGUCCAUACUCAAAUCGACUACAUCCACUGUUUGGUCCCCGACCUGCUGCAGAUCACCAACUUGCCUUGUUACUGGGGAGUCAUGGACCGCUAUGAGGCCGAGGGGCUCCUGGAGGGCAAGCCCGAGGGCACGUUCUUGCUGCGUGACUCGGCCCAGGAAGACUACCUGUUCUCCGUCAGCUUCCGUCGCUACGGUCGCUCGCUGCACGCCCGUGUCGACCAAUGGAACCACAACUUCAGUUUCGACGUGCGCGACCCCAGCGUCUUCCACGCGCCCACCGUCACGGCCCUGGUUGAGCACUACAAGGACCCCAGUUCCUGCAUGUUCUUCGAACCGCUGCUGUCCUUCCCCAUGCACCGCACGCAGCCCUUCAGCCUGCAGAGGCUCUGCCGCGCCGUCGUCAGCAGCUGCACCACCUAUGAUGGCAUCAACGCGCUGCCCGUCCCCAACACUUUGAAGAAGCACCUCAAGGAGUAUCAUUACAAGCAGAGGGUGCACGUUCACAGGCUGGACACUUGGUGGGAAUGACCGUCAUCAUCAUCAACUAGUCACCAAGCUGUACUUAUUUAUUGUACUGUAUAUCCUGCUGUUUACAUCCUAACCACACUGAGGAGAACAUGUAAACCUACUGGUUGUUUCUGCUAGAAUAAAUCUACCUAACCUAUG